AUGGGUAUCAAGCCCGCCGGCGUGCCGGGCAAGGCCUGGCCGGCCAUUGCCAUUGGCUUCUUUGUCGCGUUCGGAGGUCUGCUGUUUGGAUAUGACACCGGCACUAUCAACGGCAUCCUUGAGAUGUCCUACUGGCAACGCCUCUUCAGCACUGGAUACGUGAACCCCGCCGGCAACCCCGACGUCUCUCCCUCCCAAGAGUCCGCCAUCGUCUCCAUCCUCUCGGCCGGCACCUUCUUCGGCGCUCUGGCCUCGCCUCUCCUGGCCGAUUCCAUCGGACGUCGCCUUGGCCUUGCAGCCUCUUGCUGGGUCUUCAACCUCGGAGUCGUCCUCCAGACGAUUGCCACUGACAUCCCCGUCUUCCUGGCCGGCCGUUUCUUCGCCGGAUUCGGCGUCGGUUUGAUCUCUGCGUUGGUCCCUCUCUACCAGUCCGAGACCGCUCCCAAAUGGAUUCGUGGUGCCAUUGUCGGCGCCUACCAAUGGGCCAUCACCAUCGGUCUGCUGCUGGCCGCCAUCGUCAACAACGCCACCCACAACCGCCAGGACACCGGCUCGUACCGCAUCCCCAUCGCCAUCCAGUUCGCCUGGUCCAUCAUCCUUUUCGUCGGGAUGAUCAUCCUUCCCGAGACGCCCCGGUUCCUCAUUAAGAGCGGCCACGUCGACCGCGCGACCAAGGCGCUGGCGAAGCUCCGCCGCCUGCCCGAGAACGACCCGUACGUCGCCGAGGAGAUCGCCGAGAUCAAGGCCAACCACGACUUCGAGACCAGCAUCGGCACCGCCAGCUACCUCGACUGCUUCCGGCCCCCGGUUCUCAAGCGCCAGUUCACCGGCAUGGCCCUGCAGGCGCUGCAGCAGCUCACCGGAAUCAACUUCAUCUUCUACUACGGCACCCAGUACUUCCAGAACUCGGGCUUCUCCAACGGCUUCGUCAUCGGCAUGAUCACGUCCUCCAUCAACGUCGUGUCGACCAUCCCGGGCAUGUACGCCGUCGACCGCUGGGGCCGCCGCCCGAUGCUCCUCUGGGGCGCCGUAGGCAUGUGCGUCUCGCAGUUCCUCGUCGCCAUGCUGGGGACCCUGACCACCGGCCAGGACGACGCGGGCAAGAUCAUCGUGUACAACCUGCCCGCGCAGAAGGCCGCCAUCGCCUUUGUGUGCAUCUACAUCUUCUUCUUCGCGUCCACCUGGGGCCCCCUCGCGUGGGUCGUCAACGGCGAGAUCUUUGGUCUCAAGACCCGUGCCAAGUCCCUCUCCCUGUCCACCGCCACCAACUGGCUUCUCAACUGGGCCAUUGCGUACGCCACCCCUUACCUGGUCAACUACGGCGACGGGUACGCCAACCUGCAGUCCAAGAUCUUCUUCGUUUGGUUCGCGUGCUGCUUCCUCUGCAUCGCCUUCGUCUACUUCUUCAUCUACGAGACCAAGGGCCUGACCCUCGAGGAGGUCGAGGAGCUCUACGCCGAGGUCAGCGUCGCCAGCAAGUCGGCCAACUGGAGGCCCGCCACGACCUUCCGCGAGCGCCAGGCCGCCGAGGGCGACAAGGCCGUGCCGCACAACAGCGACGGCGACACCGCCCACCACGAAAAGACGGUCGAUGCUUAG